CCAAGAUGAGCUACGGAUCUGACUUCAAUUCCGCCUCUUCCUACCGAAAGAUUUUCGGGGAGUCUCCCCGUUACUCCAGCUCUCCUUCCCGGAUGAGCAAUGCCUCUUUACGCAGCGGCGGUUACCGGUCCCACUCUCAGUCCCGGAGCAUGGGCUCUAACCUGGGCUCCUCUUUCCAACAGAAGAGGUCCUCUGGCCGGUCCUACUCGCAGAUGCCCAUGCCGAUGGAGAACUUGGAUUUCGCCCAGAGCACGGUGCUCAACAAUGAGUUCAAAAUCAUCCGCACCAACGAGAAGGAGCAGAUGAUGGGGCUCAAUGACCGCUUUGCCAUGUUCAUCGACAAGGUUCGCAAUUUGGAACAGCAGAACAAGGUGCUCGAGACCGAGCUGGUGACCCUGCGUCAGAGGCAGACGGAGCCCUCGCGCCUGGCGGACCUGUACCAGCAGGAGAUCCGCGAGCUGCGCUCCCAGCUGGAUGAGGUGAACGGCGAGAAGUCCCAGAUCCUCAUCGAGCGUGACAACAUCGAGGAGGACCUGCAGAAGCUCCGCGGCAAAUACGAUGACGAGUACCGCCUGCGGGAGGAAGCCGAGCAGACCCUCAAGGCGUUCAAGAAGGACGUGGACGACGCCACCAUGGUGCGUUUAGACCUGGAGAAGAAAGUAGAAUCCCUCCUCGACGAGAUCAACUUCAUGAGGAAGGUGCACGAGGAAGAGGUGGCCGAGCUCAUGAACAUGAUCCAAGCCGCCCAGGUGUCCGUGGAGAUGGAGGUCUCCAAACCUGACCUCACCUCUGCCCUGAAGGAGAUCCGAGGCCAGUACGAGUCCAUGGCCUCCAAGAACCUCCAGUCCGCGGAGGAAUGGUACAAGUCGAAGUUCGUUGACCUCAAUGAGCAGGCCACCCGUAGCCAGGAGGCGAUGCGCGCCAGCCGGGAGGAACUCAACGAGUUCAGGAGGCAGCUCCAGUCCAAGACCAUCGAGAUCGAGAGCCAGAGGGGAACCAACGAGUCCCUGGAAAGGCAGCUCAACGAGAUGGAGGAGAGGCACAACCAGGAGAUUGGACAGUACCAGGACAAUAUGGCCGAGUUGGACAAUGACCUGAGGACCACUAAGAGCGAGAUGGCUCGUCACCUGCGGGAGUACCAGGACCUGCUGAAUGUCAAGAUGGCGCUGGAUAUUGAGAUUGCUGCGUACAGGAAACUCCUGGAAGGGGAAGAGACCCGCAUCAGCACAGGCAUCACUUACUCCAGCCCCAGCAUGAGGUCCUCUGAGAUGAGGUCCUUCGGCAUGAGGUCCUCCGAGAUGAGGUCUUCCAACAUGAGGUCCUCCGACAUGACCUCCUCCGGCGACGUGGACUUGCCCAGCAUGGGCAGCUACAACCAGACCACCAGGUACACCACCAUCUCUGGAGGGUCCCAGAAGGACGAGGGAAAGGACCAGGAGGAUGGGCAGAGCAAGUCUGGCAAGGGGUCCAACGACGGAGACCAGAAGGAGUCCAGCAACGCCAACCCUACCAACCAGAAAAACUAGACUCUCUUCUUCCCUUAGGUUUAACCUUACACCUUCCAUCCCCUCCCUCCUACUCCCCAUCCCCCUCUCCCCCUUCACAGGGGUAUUCUCAGAGAGGAAUCCGUUAUAGUUUAGACUCUACUACUACUACUGUGUAACCUACCACUAUCCAACAACCAAUCACAAAACUUCUCUCCACUCUACUCUCUUACUAUGACAAUAACAAAGUAGUUACAGGCACACUUCUGGGCCUAUCAGGAGACACGUAGGUUAUUGUGGUGAUAGGAACAUACAGUUCAGUACAAUACUCCCAACAGAUUACUCUCACUUUGGGCUCGCGCUAUUGUAUGGCACUAGCCUGGUUUAACCAGACUGAACGCUGCGCUCACUAGAAACAACAGUGAAACACAGCUAAAUCAGUUUGGUACGCCAGGCUAGUUUGGCACCGAGCUGUGAUAGAUGUCAUUCAGUUCAAGAAAUAAUCAUGCACUACUGCCACCGCCUAUGAUAAUAUUCUCUAUACACAUUCCAUGAGGGGAGGGGGGUGUGUGUGUGAGAGUUUGAAUUUGUGCACGGAAAACAAAAAUCCAAAACAUAUCAGCUUGUUAACUGUUGUUAAUACGUCUACUACAUCCACAUACUACAAUAUGAAGGAAAGCACGUGUAUGGUACAGGGGUGAGAGCUAGAGAUCGACCAAGUUGUUAAAGGAGCACACAGUUAUUCAAACUCAGCAGAAAACCAAAAAGAUCUGUGAUCUUGCUGAGCCAUUUUUGCCUUAUCUACAACGCAGACAAUAUUGCGAACUCUGAGUUUCAAUGCAAUGCAGAUAAAAUUCUUAUUUUUUCCCCCAGACAAAACGUCACGAGUAACAAAAUCAGAGUAUAUCUAAAAGGCUUGUUCGUACCCUGGCCUCGUCACUGUCAAUAGCAUCUGCCUUAUGAUCCUGGUCCACUCAAAUGUGCAUGACAACAGCGCGUAGCUGUUUAAACCGCCACCCCUUCUACACCAGAACCAGAGCUCAACCAAUAACGGUUCCAUCAAACGCAUAAUUACUCUUCACGAUUGCACCUCAUGGCAAUUACUCUAACUUCUAUAAAGGCCCAGUCCAGUCAGAAACUUAUUUUCCUGUAUGUUAUAAAUGUUUACACACUAUGAGGUUGGAAUAAUUCAGUGAAAUUGUGAAAAUGAUGAUAAUGCCCUUUUCGUGUAAGCGCUGAUUGCUGUUUAAAUAGACCUCCGGAAAUCUCAGCCUGAAAGUGAAACUAGCUAAUAAUCAAACUGUUAUUUGCAUGAUGUAUGUAGCAUAUCUCAAGCUUGCAUGGUGACAGAUUGUUAGAGGGCCGUACUUCAUUUUCACAUACUCAUAACGUAUAGUAGGAAAUCAAUGGGAGGCUCGGUUCCACACUUCAUUGCCAAUGCUUUACCUCGCCAUGUACACAACACUGGUUUUAGAACCUGAGGUUGUACGUGCUUAGUUGGCCAGUAUGUUAGACUUGAGUUGAAUGCCAUCAUUUAGACAGGAUGUGACUUCGGCACAAGCUGCUGACAUUGUCCUCAGCCUCACUGCUUGGUUCUUGUGUGAUGAUUAUGCUAAUGAUGAGGAUGUCCGUCAUGACGAUGGGUCAUAUUCAGGGCACUUAUGUAUCGAUCUAGAUGGGAUUUCAUUUGUACUGACGAUCAGUUUGUGCAGGCCAUGACUGGUUACAAGAAAAGGGGCAAUGGGAGAAGUAGAAAGAAAAGCAGGAGGUGUGGGACUCUGAGAAACAGGGAGAAAGGAAAUCAAACAGAGAGAGAGAGAGAGAGAGAGAGAGAGAGAGAGAGAGAGAGAGAGAGAGAGAGAAAGAGAGAGAAAGAGAGAGAGAGAGAAAUUCUCUUUCUCACGACAGGCUCAAUCAAUCAAAUAGAGAAUGCGUAGGUAGCGAAUUACGUUUUAGCACGAAUGCGUGGGCUUCUACAUGAUCCAAUAGGGUGUGACAGACAGAAUGGUAUGCACAAACUCCAUUUCCCACAUUCCAUUGCGGACUCCUGAAGCCCGUUUGAAUUAACAGCGACGUCCAGCCUCUGAACAGUACCACAUCACGACACUACGCCUUAGGAACACAACAACUAACAAGCCAAACAAACAAGUAAACAAAAACAAGCCAAUAGUCCAGUGAAAUGAACUGGACCAUGAUGCUUUUAAAGCACCUUGACCUCUGAAAAAUACGGCCAUGACGGAAUUAUUAUGUCUGUUGUGAAUGAUCAUGAAUGAUCUCACCAAUAGAAAUCUGUAUGUAAAGAAACUAGGCAGCCCUUUGGUUUCUUUCUUGUGCACUGCCAGGUUUCAACACAACUACUUAUGUGAACUUACCUCUGUAUCUUAGCUUGAGUGCCAGUCUAUUUCUGCUAUGUUGCCAGCUCAUUGUCUCUCAUUGAAAGAGAGUUGGCAAGAGAGCACAAACAAAUCUGGAACUAGGCUACCUCUGUAUCUAUGUCUGUCUGACUCUCUGUCACUGCCCUCUAAGCCCUGACCGGCUGCACUCACUCACCCUGCGAAUGGAAACCACUGAUUGUACAACAGACUACAGAAAGCUGUUGAUUGGUGGAGAUGUGGUUGCCGUUGUUUUACAUGAGGCUUGCGUUACUAAGUGUCUGGAGUUGUAUGUGUUUGUAUAUGCGGACAGUUUCCUAGGGUAACUCAUAGUGGGGAAUCAGGUUGGGAAAAUCAGAAAGUUUGGCCUACCGUUUCCGUAAUUCUUGAGCUCCAAUGUAAAGGAAAUUUACAAAGGAAACUGGUUGCAAGUACAAGCACAGCUAUGUCGACAAGUACAAAUAUAAGUACAAGUACAAGUACAGAUACAAGUAGCCUUGUACACAAGUUUAGAAUAGCUAUGACUUCAACGUAAUCAAGAGGGUCACAGGUGUCUAAAUGCCAUUGCAACAAGCCUCUACAACAAACCUCACUACUACUACUGCAGCACUGCCAAACUUUUCUAAAAUGCAUGUGCUGCAAAAACAACUUUUCGUGUACAAAAUAGAGCUGUUUUUGAAUACCCGUUGCCACGCAAAACCAAAAACCGACAAAAAUAAUACAAAACAAAACAUGGAAUGAAUGCUACAGUGUUGUCAAAAUGCCUUAAAACACCAGCCGCUUUCUAACUGAAUGGAUCCUGACUUGCACUUCAAGUUAAACCUCCACUUAGCCUCCCAUAGAUAUCAACGCAAGUGGAAAUAGGACUGAAGUGGAAGUCGGGAUUCAUGUGCGUCUACGUGUGGUUAUGUUUAGGAUGUUUUAUUCUCAACCAUCUUCCGUCUAGCGUUAAGAGCAACAGCUACCAUGCUGAACUGAAUAACUGAAAACAUGUCAACGCUUAGUAUCUGAAUGUAGUUUGAUAGGCUCCAACUCUGUACCAUACUGCUGAUGUAUGGCACACACCAAUAAAGACUUAAGAUAUUAAGACUA